GGGCGCUGAGCGGGGCCGCUCCGCUGCCCGGGGCCCCCCGCGCCCCCAUGGACCCCGACGUGGAUUACGAGCGGCCCAACGUCGAGACCAUCAAGUGCGUCGUGGUUGGCGACAACGCCGUGGGCAAGACGCGGCUGAUCUGCGCCCGCGCCUGCAACGCCACGCUGAGCCAGUACCGGCUGCUGGCCACACACGUGCCCACCGUGUGGGCCAUCGACCAGUACCGCGUCUGCCAGGAGGUGCUGGAGCGCUCCCGGGAUGUGGUGGACGAGGUCAGCGUCUCCCUGCGCCUCUGGGACACCUUUGGGGACCACCAUAAGGACCGGCGCUUCGCCUAUGGCAGGUCGGACGUGGUGGUGCUCUGCUUCUCGCUGGCGAACCCCAACUCGCUGCGGCACGUGAAGAGCAUGUGGUACCCCGAGAUCAAGCACUUCUGCCCGCGCACCCCCAUCGUGCUGGUGGGCUGCCAGCUGGACCUGCGCUACGCCGACCUGGACGCCGUCAACCGCGCGCGCAGGCCGCUGGCCAAGCCCAUCAAGCCCUCGGACAUCCUGCCACCGGAGCGGGGCCACGAGGUGGCCCAGGAGCUGGGGGUGCCCUACUACGAGACCAGCGUGGUGGCCCAGUUCGGCGUCAAGGACGUGUUCGACAACGCCAUCCGCGCCGCGCUCGUGUCCCGCCGCCACCUGCAGUUCUGGAAGUCCCACCUGCGCAAGAUGCAGCGCCCGCUGCUGCAGGCGCCCUUCCUGCCCCCCAAGCCCCCCCCGCCCCUCAUCCAGGUGCCCGACGCCCCCCCGGGGCUGGGGGGGGGCCCGGCCGCGCUGUUCCGGGCCCCGCUCUGCGCCGACGUCGUCUUCCAGCUGCAGGGCGGCCACCGCGUCUUCGCCCACCGCGUCUACCUGGCCACCGCCUGCUCCCGCUUCUACGACCUCUUCGCGCUGGAGGAGCCGCCCGGCGAGGGGGACGGGGACGGCCGUGACCUGUCCUCGUGGGGCCGCGGCUUCCUGAGCCUGCGCUGGGAGGCGGUGGCCGACCCGGUGGCGGGGCGGGAGCGGCGCAUGGCGGUGGUGGCCAUGGACCGGGGCGUGCGGCCGGAGCCGCUGCGCGCCGUGCUGGAGUAUCUGUACACGGGCAAGCUGGAGAGGCCCCACGGGGACCUGAGGCAGGUGGGGGCCGUGGCCGAGCUGCUCGAGGUGUUCGACCUGCGCAUGAUGGUGGCCAACGAGCUCAACCAGGAGAGCUUCAUGAACCAGGAGAUCACCAAGGCCUUCCACGUGCGCCGCGCCAACCGCGUCAAGGAGUGCCUGGCCAAGGGGGUCUUUGCAGACGUGGUGUUCCUGGUGGAUGACGGCGCGGUGCCGGCGCACAAGCCGCUGCUCAUCGCCGGCUGUGACUGGAUGAGGGCCAUGUUCCGGGGCGGCUUCCGCGAGAGCUACGCCAGCGAGGUGUCGCUGCCCGGCACCAACUGCGCCUGCCUCCGCGCCGUCCUCGACUUCCUCUACACCGGAGUCUUCACCCCCACGCCCGAGCUGGACGCCAUGGAGCUGCUGAUCCUCACGGACCGGCUGUGCCUGCCGCGGCUGCAGGCGCUCACCGAGCAAUACGCCGUGGACGAGCUGCUGCGAGCCUUCAUGCAGCGCGUGGAGAUCGACGAGCAGGUCAUCAUCUACCUGGAGAUGACGCAGUUCCACAACGCCCGGCAGCUGGCGGCGUGGUGCCUGCACUACAUCUGCACCAACUACAACCGCGUGUGCCGCCGCUUCCCCCGCGAGAUGAAGUUCAUGUCCCCAGAGAACCAGGCUCACUUCGAGCGGCACCGCUGGCCGCCGGUGUGGUACCUGAAGGAGGAGGAUCUGUACCUGCGCUCCAAGAAGGAGCGGGAGCGCGAGGAGCAGCUGCAGCGCAAGCAGCACCCCCGCAGCAAGUGGUGCUUCUGGAGACCCUCACCGCCCGUGUCCUGAGCGGGGGGCUCGGGGAGGGCACCCCCGUGUGGAGCUGGGGGGCUCGGGAGGGCUGGCAGCCCCUGGGCUGAGCAGGGGGUUCGGCCCUGGGCUCCCCGUGCAG